AUGACUGUAGAGCAAAUGCAACUAUUGUUUAAAUGUCAAAGUGAAAAUAUUACUCCGAUUAAAAUAAUCGAUAGUUAUGCGUAUAAUAAUUCUACAACUACAGUUCCGUUCAUAAACUCAUAUGAUGUUUUGUGUGGUCCGAAACGAGUUAUGUCAUGUGCAAAAGAUGCAAUAUGGCAAGUUGAGCCAUAUUUGGAAGAGCGUUCAUAUCCUUGGUUAUAUCCACAUGGUAAAGGUGGUGAAGGUGAUCCUGAACGACCUUUAAAAAUGAAUUUACGAGAGUAUUAUAAACUGAGAUUGAAAUCUGUUGAUAAUCGAUGGCAAAAAGAUCCAACAUGGAUUUUUCGAGCACUUAAUAUUUUGCAAAGAGAUGAUUUACGCAAGUCAGUUAAUUUUCAUGCGAAAAAACGGUUUCAAAACGGGAAAAUGUGUUAUUUGAUAUAUCCAGAUAUUGGUGGAGUUAUUCGUGGUUCAUCUGCAUUUUGGAAUAAGGCACGUAGACAUUUGAGAGCGAUGUAUGCAACAUUGGGAAAACCAUUCAUUUUUCUUUCUAUCAACUUGCAAAAUGACAUCGAAUUUUUAACCUAUAUCGAUCCUCAAAAGUUUGGUACAGCAGAAAAUCCAGAAUGGGAUGCGAUUUAUAAUUUAUCUAAGGAUGAAUAUUUACUGCUAGCAAAUGAAAAUGCGGCACUUGUAGCGCGUAUGUGCAAACGUCGAAUCGCAGCAUUUGAAGAAUACAUCAAGGACAAGAAACAUCCAUUUCUCAUUGAUUAUGUUGUAUCGAACUAUUUUAUCAAAAUCGAAUUUCAAAGAGAUGGGUUACCUCAUUUACCUUGUUUUCCGCCUAAAAAUUCAUCAAUUGCAUUUCGAUGA